AUGAAGUCAAAUCAAUCGAAACCAACCACGUUAAAUUCCAAAAAUUUACGAAAAUACAAGCCAUUGAUCAAAAAAAAACAGUUGUCAGACAAGGAAGUUUCGCUUGAUAAACAAUUGAAUUACUGGAGAAAGCAGAAAGAUACUCUAACAAAAGCUACUACAUACCUCAAGGAACAAGCGAACAUUAAUCAAUUGAUUGACAAAUAUUCAGCUAUUGCACAAAUGGCAUCCAACUAUCUAUACAAUGAAUACUGUCUCAAAUUCACUAAACUUGGUGGUUACGCCAACUGGCAAUUACAACAAUGGAAAGAAAAUCAAUCAAACAAUGUAGAUUAUGAAUUAGAGUCCUUGUAUAGUAGUUAUUUUGACUCAGAAGAAUUCAAUCAAUUGUCUGAUUUGGAAAAAAGAGAAAUAAUGCUAGAUUACGAGGAAAAAUUUGGUCGUGAUGACAACAAUGAAGAAAAUAUACCUGUUUUCACUGAUGUGUUUACUAUGAAAGAUCUAUAUUCAAUUUUGAAUCUUGAUUAUGAGCUUGUCUACCCUCCUUCCAAAUAG